UGUCGUUUCAGAGCACAUUAACAGAGGUGCAGUUUGGACCAAUGAAGCUCUAUGAAGAUCAGCUGCAGGUGCUGUUAGUGUUUGCCAAAGACGAUGCUCAGAGUCACAGCUUCUGCUGGGCGUGUGAACGCGCUGGUUUCAGGUGUAAUGUGGCCCGAACGCCAGAAGCGGCGCUGGAGAGUUUCCAGGAGAAGAACCACGAUCUGAUCAUCAUCGACCACAGACAUUCCAGAUACUUUGACGCUGAAGCGCUCUGUCGCUCAAUUCGAUCCAUCAGCUGCUCUCACAACACUGUGAUUGUGGCUGUAGUGAAAAGGUUUGAGUGGCAGGGGGUUUAUUAUGCCAAAAAGAAGAACGGAGACAGUGUGCAGCAGAAUGUGAAGAUGACGCCUGUCAUUGGACAGGGAGGGUGUGUGUGUGUGUGUGACGGUCAGGUGAGCAGCUGGUCCUCAAGCCUCACGGUGUUUAUUUCCAGGCCUUUAACGUAUCUGGGUCUGAAGAUCUUCUCUCGGUUCGGUGUCUGUGAGUUCCUGAGCUGUCCGGAGGCGACGCUGCGCUCCUGGCUGCAGAUCAUUGAGACCAAUUAUCACUCCAGCAACUCCUACCACAACUCCACACACGCCGCAGACGUGCUCCACGCCACCGCAUACUUCCUGCGCAAGGAGCGCGUCAAGCAAAGUCUGGACCCCAUAGACGAGGUGGCGGCUCUGAUCGCGGCUGCCGUGCAUGAUGUCGAUCACCCUGGACGUACAAACUCCUUCCUGUGUAACGCAGGAAGUGAACUAGCCAUACUGUACAACGACACAGCCGUGCUGGAGAGUCACCACGCUGCGCUGGCCUUCCAGAUCACCACGCGAGACGACAAGUGCAACAUCUUCAAGAACAUAGAGAGGAACGAAUACCGAACGCUCCGGCAGGCCGUCAUAGACAUGGUCCUCGCCACUGAGAUGACCAAACACUUCGAACACGUCAACAAGUUUGUCAACAGCAUCAACAAACCGCUGGCAACACUGGAGGAGAACGGGGACAAUGGUGAUGAGGACUCUGUGAAGAGCAUCCUGACGGCUCCAGAGAACCGGAUCCUGGUGAAGCGGAUGUUGAUCAAAUGCGCUGAUAUCUCGAACCCCUGCAGGCCGCUGGAGCUGUGCAUCGAGUGGGCCGGACGCAUCUCAGAGGAGUAUUUCGCACAGACGGAUGAGGAGAAGCAGCAGGGUCUGCCGGUGGUGAUGCCCGUGUUUGAUCGCAACACCUGCAGCAUUCCCAAAUCCCAGAUCUCCUUCAUCGACUUGCUAGUAACUUGA